CCCCCGGCCAUGAUGGCGCAGGCGCUGGAGCGCUGGCUCCGAGAGGAGAUGGAGCUGCCGCCCUCCGCCAUCCCCUCCCCGGCCGCGCUCCGCAGGCUCUGCUCCGGCCCCGCAGCCCCCAUUUGGGAUUACGUCAUCCGCCACGUCCGGAACCAGCGGAACGUGAAGAAGAUCCGAGGAAAUCUGCGCUGGUACGGGCACCUGCAGGAGCUGGAGGCUGCUCCAGCUCCGCCGGGCCAGCAGGGGGCGCUGCGCGCGGCCGUGGAGCGGCUCCGGAACGAGGUGCGGGACCUGGGGGACGCCAUUGCGGACGCACAGGAAACGGCGCAGCGCCUUGACGCCUCGCUGGAGGAGGCGCAGAGCCGGCGGUGGGCGGAGCUUGAGCGAGGGGCGGAGCUUCGGCUGCUGGGGGCAGAGCCGGGCACGGCUGGGCUGCGGGACGGCCACGAGGGGGCGCUGCGGGCAAUCCGUAAAAGGCCGGGCCAAUCCCGGGAGGAGCUGUCGGCCAUCUUGGCCGCAGGGGCGGAGCCAGAAGUGCUGGUGUCAAUCAAGGCUCUGUGCAAGGCCAGGGAGGCGGAGCUCCAGAGGCCACGCCCACACAGAGCUGCCAAUCACCCCGGGAAGGCUCAGAAGGCUCCAGAUUGGUCGGAACAGGCUGAGGCUGUACUGAUUGGCCACAGCCCAGAGGCGGUGCUUUGGGCGCUGGAGGUCCUGGCCAAUCAGAGCACAAGAGAUCUCCUGGCUGGCCCUGCCCCCUCAGCCGAGGCCCCGCCCACCCUGAAGAGCCUCCUGCAGGAGCGCUGGGGGGCCGUGGGGGAGGUGUGGGGGGCACUGCCCCCCCUCCUGUCCCACCUGUCCCACCUGAGGGGGCAGCUGGGGACGCACCUGGAGCAGUGGACAGGCAACAAUGAAGUCAUCAGGCAGUUCCUGCUCCGGGAGGGGCUCUUGGCCUACCGGGCCUCCCUGGGCCGGGCGCUGACCCAGCUGCAGCAGGAGCUCCAAAAUCCCCAAAAUCCACCCCAGGAACCCCAAAAACCCCAAAAUUCGGCCUCAAAACCUCAAAAUCCACAAAAUUCAGCCCCAAAAUCCCAACAUUUGGACCCAAAAUCCUCACAUUUGGCCUCAAAAUCAGCUCCAAAAUCUGCUCUAAAACCCCAAAAUUUGGAUCUUAAAUCCCCAAAUUUGGACCCAAAAUCCCAAAGUUUGGAUCCUAAAUGCCCAAAUUUGGACCCAAAAUCCCAAAAUUUGGAUCUUAAAUCCCCAAAUUUGGACCCAAAAUCCCAAAUUUUGGAUCCUAAAUGCCCAAAUCUGGUCCCAAAUUCCACGGAUUUGACCCCAAACUCGGCCCUGGAGCAGCUCCGGCAGCAGCUGUGGAGGGGGAGGGGCCGAGUGCUCCAUUUGCAGCAGCGCCUGCGGUUCCUGAGCACCGCCACCAGGGGGCGCCGAGCGGCGCUGAAACCGUUGCAGGAGCAGGUUGUGGGCGUGGCACGGGCGGGGCCGGGCUCGGCCCUUCCCCCUCUGGAGGGGGAGAGGCUGCGGCGCCGGCAGCUGGCACUGGGAGCACUGGGAGCACUGGGAGCGGAGCCCCGCCCCCUGGCACAGACCACGCCCCCUCUGCAGGGGCUGGCGCAGGAGAUGGGCGUGGCACAGGGCUCGCUGCUGUCCCAGGCGGCCAUCUUGCGUCAGCAGCUCCGCCAGGGGGCGCUGUGCCUGCGCCGGGGGGCGGGGCCUGCCCUGGGGGCGGAGCCAGAGCAGCUGGCCCCGCCCCCGCUCACCGUGGAGGAGGCCGAGCUGCUGGCCCGGCUGCGAUUGGUCAGAGAAGGCUGCGAGCAGCGAAUCAGGGUCUGGCCCCGCCUCCAGGAGCUCGUCAGCCAAUGGUGGGCCCAGCCGGCUCAGUGGGUCCUGGCCACGCCCCCUGGCUGCGCCCCCUUCUCCCAUUGGCUGCAGCGCUGGAGAGCUGCCACCCACGCCCUGCAGGCCACGCCCACCCCCGAGGAGGCCCCACCCACCCCCGAGGAGGCCCCGCCCACUGCUGGGAAGGGGGAGGAGUGAGCAGAGGAGGCUCCGCCCAUUUGAAGCA